GGGAUCAUUGCCGCAAGUGGCGCUAGUGUAUUUCCUACGGCGAGUCACUCUUUCCGUAACGUCGGCCAUUUCUUUUGCGCUGAAAAUUUGUUAACGCACGAUGGGUUUCCAAAAUAUCUGGUAUUCUCACCCCCGUAAAUACGGUCAAGGAUCUCGAUCCUGCCGCUCGUGCUCCAACCGCCACGGACUCAUCCGAAAAUAUGGAUUGAACUUGUGCCGUCAGUGUUUCAGAGAAUAUGCUGGCGAUAUUGGCUUCAAGAAGCUGGAUUAGAUUUUUAUAAGGCGGUUGGGUCUUUCCUGGAAUUCUACAAGAGCCCUAACAUAGUUAAGUGCUGAUGUUGUGGCUGGUUGUACAAAUCAAGUAAAGAUUAUGAUUUAGUUAUAAAACUAAA